AUGAUAUUCGCUCGGUGGACGCGCAAACAGAUGCUCACCAUGUUCGGCUUGGGAGCUGGCCUUCUGGGCCUUGUGAUUGUGAUCGGUGUGCUCAACAGCGGCGUGUCCUCGAAGGACCUCGACUGGAAGGAGGCGUCCAGAUCGAAGUGCUUCAAGACGCGUCCCAACACCACGCACUCCACCUUGGAGCUGGUGCACAUUGUGUUCAGACAUGGCAUCCGCACCCCAGUGGACACUUAUCCCAAGGAUCCCUACUUAAACGACGGCUUCAAGCCAACGGGCUGGGGACAUGUGACUAAUUCAGGAAAACGGGAGCUCUUCGAAAUGGGUCGCUGGCUGAAUCGGCGAUACGGCGAGUUCAUGGGUCCCUAUUACAGACCGGAUCGCCUGCAUGCCCAAGCCACUGCCUCUCCGAGGGCCAUGAUGUCCUUGCAAACAACUCUGGCCAGCAUGUUUGAGCCGCGGGGAACCCCCAUGGAGUGGAAUAAGCACCUCAACUGGCAGCCCAUCCCAAUUGUGUCGGAACCCCUGGAUGAGGACUCGCUCCUGCUGGUGCGCACUCCCUGUCCCCGCUACUUUGAAGCCCUGGAGGAGGUCUUUAAGAGACCGGAAGUCAUCGCUGAAACGGAGCCCUACGAGCAAAUGUUCCGCGAGCUGACAAAUCUGACUGGAAAGGCGAUCCAGAGUGCCGAGGAUAUCAAUUCCCUAUACAUAACCCUCCUGGCCGAACAGGAAUUUGGCUACAAGUUGCCCGACUGGGCCAAGGACUACUUCCCCGAUCGCAUGCAGUUUCUGGCCGAGCAGAGCUACGUCUACAAUGCGUACACCCCCGAGAUGCAGAAGAUCAAGGGCGGACCGUUUCUGAAGAGGAUGUACAAGGAGAUGGUCGCCAAGAGGGCGGGUAGCCUGAAGCCCAAGGAUCGCGGUAUGUUCAUAUACACCGGCCACGACUGGACCGUCGGCAAUAUCCUGAUGGCCUUGGGCGUGUGGAAGCGCCAGAUGCCACGGUUUGCGGUGAUGGCCAUUUUCGAGACGCAUAGGGAUAAGGAAACCGGAGAGUACUAUGUGGAGAUCUUCCUCCGCAACAACGAGGACGGCUGUCUCGAGCAGCUGCAGCUGCAAGACUGCGACCGCCGGUGUCCACUGGACCGCCUCAUCAAGCUGAGUGCCGAUGUGCUGCCCACGGAGCCGGCGGAGCAGAGAUGCCGGCCACAUGACCCGAACUUCGUGGAGCCACCGCCGCGCGUAAUCGAUCAGAAUGGCCGUUAGCGAAAAGCGAUUGCCAAAGCGAAUUUGCGCACUCAGUAUUACAAAGGCGUCGGCGGGGAGUGAGCGGUGCAAGAAUAAAAAAAAUUAUAUUAAAAAAAGUGUAGUACAAUAAA